AUCUCAGUAUUCGACACAAAUUCUUUAACCUGUUCAUCCAAACAAGCAACAGGUAUUCUUAUUCAGGCUCGAGUAGGCCAUACGGCGACCUUAACACAAGAAAAUAAUGCAAUCAUUAUUAUAGGCGGAACCUCAAGCAUGGUAAAAAAUGCAACUGCUGUAUAUCCGGUUUUUAUAAUGCUAGAUAUAAAAACCGAGCCUUAUGAAUAUUCAGAAUUAAAAGAUUCUGGAAUUCGACCGCCUACAUUAGCAUUUCAUACUGUAAAUUUAUAUCGGAAUUAUAUGAUUGUUGCCUUCGGUAAUAUUACUAAUGAUAAAUCUGAGUCUGUUAAAACUAAUCCUUCCAUUUAUUUAUUGUGUCUGCCGCGCCUAGAGUGGGUAACCACUUUUACACCCGGCUACACUUGUCCUAUAAUAAUAAUACCAAUUCUUCCGAUUAUUGUUUCGACCGUUGCUUUUUAUGUGGUGUUUAUUGCGACUACAGUAGCAAUUAUAAAAAUUAAUCAUCAAUCACUAUUGGAUAAUAAGAUGAUGAUUAUUGCUAAUUGCUCUAUAGCGUUGUUCGCAGCUAUAAUAAUAGACACAAUGCUUAUCAUUACAUAUCCACCUCCACCGAUUAUUAUUGCGAUUGCUAGUGUCAUUAUUGCUUUAAUUGUCAUAGCUAUUAUAGCAGAAAUAAUACUUUUACGUCGAAGGAUAUGA